CGUACCGGGCGGUUAUUCGAAAACAGGCAAGAAGAGAGACACAUGAUCAUCAGAUUUGUUGUCUUUUGUCUGCUUCCCCAAACAAAACAUUCAGCGAUUAAAAUUUAACCCUCAUGAGAAUCUCUCUUGAUCGUUUCUAUUAGGCUCUAUAAACUCAAUUUGGAUUAUAGAUCGUUUUUAUAGAUCAUUGUUUAUCGAAGGUGAUAGUCCGGUCCUUGAAAGUUCUUUUCGUUGGUGAUAGUUACAUUUCACCGUAGAAUUGUCAGAGACAGGUGCUUGGGUGAAAAGUGCAGUGAUCCACAAUGAAGGACGUCGUUGCGAUUUGGAACGGUCUCACCGGUCGAAGGUAUACGGCAGUCAACAUGAACGAAAGAAAUGAAGACGUUCAUUCAAAAUCGGUUAAUCCGAAGAGCUUGCGGAGAAAAUCUUCCGUGGUCGUUAAUCAAUUCUUCAAUGCUGCUCUUCCAGUGAACGCAGAUGGAAAGGCGCGAUGGAAGAAGAGUACAUUCAUACUGAUGACCUUGGGCCUUCUGGGACUUGCAUCUGGAUGCUUGUUUCUGGUCUUCAAUCCAUAUGAAUUAAUUUUCAAGUAUAAAGUGACUUUCGGAGAGGGUGGGGAAAUCUUCGAUAUUUGGAGGUUAGCACCUGUCGAUUUGUACCUCAAGGUUUAUCUCUUUAAUGUCACCAAUCAUGAGGAAUACAUUGCUGGUAUAGACAAGAAGUUGAAAUUCCAAGAAGUUGGUCCAUAUGUUUACAAGGAACUCAUGGAGCACGGAAACGUGACAUUCAAUGAUAAUGGUACCCUGACUGCCAUUCCACUUCAUCCACUAGAAUAUGUUCCGGAACUAAGUGCAGGUGCAGAAGAUGAUCUCCUGAUACUGCCGAAUAUUGCCUUACUGAGUAUCGCCAACGUAGUGAGGGAAGCAUCUUACAUCACGAGGCUGGGCUUGAAUUUGCUGAUAGCACAAACUGAUACGCAACCACUUGUCAAAAUGACUGCUAAAGAAUUUAUGUUUGGAUACGAAUCCACUUUGGUUACUCUUGGCAACAGUGUUAUGCCAUCUUGGAUCAAAUUCGACAGGCUUGGCCUUAUCGAUAGGAUGUACGACUUUCAUGGCGAUUACGAAACAGUGUAUACAGGAGAAACUGAUAUGAAAUUAACCGGAUUAAUUGAAAAAUACAACGGUGAUGUUAAUUUACCCCAAUGGACUGGAAAAUGUGCUAAUGUUAAUAAAGCCAGUGAUGGAGCUAAAUUUCCCAGCUACAUUGAACCAAACGACACACUUUUAUUCUUCAGAAAAAGCCUUUGUCGAAGUGCCAAAAUGGUUCGAGUAGGAGAAAAAGUAGUCAGGGGAUUGCACACUUAUCACUAUAAAUUUAUGGAUAACAUACUGGACAAUGGUGUCCAUAAUCCAGAGAACAAAUGCUUUUGUCGGAAAGGACGAUGUCUGCCAGAAGGAUUUGUUGAUGUCACCGAUUGCUAUUACGGUUUCCCGAUAGCACUUUCUUACCCCCAUUUUCUUCAAGCUGAUCCUACGAUUUUGGAAACUAUGGAGGGACUACAGCCUGAUCUUGAAAAACACGAAUCUUAUUUUUACAUACAACCGAAGUCUGGCUCACCGGCCGAAUUAGCUUUUCGAUUCCAAAUCAAUAUGGCUCUUCAAGACAUUAGUUCAAUUUCACAUGUGGAUGGCUUUUCAGACAUCAUUCUUCCUUUGCUGUGGUUCGAAAUUGGAAUGUACGAGCUUCCAGAAAGCUUGAACAACAGAUUUAGGCUCUACCUCAACAUUCUGCCAUUAGUACAAGAUAUUGCGAUAUACUCAUUGUUCGUGGGAGGUGCAAUUUUCCUUUUAUGCAGUAUUGGAAAAAUUCUUUUGCAGCCUGCAAAAGGAUCGAAUUCGAAACAAUGGAGCGAAGUUGAAAUGCAGAGACAAAAAUCAAAAACGAAGGAGAAGGAGGUUUUUUACAAUUCUCUCCUUAGUCCGCAGAAUGGAGAUGUAACUUCAAUUGCCGUUGAGGAUCUUCCUACGGCUUGACUCUCAUCUUUUUUCUAGGUCAUCUAAAAUUCAUCCAAUUUUUUUCAAAUUUUUAAAAAAACUUGAGAAGACUCUCAAAGCAAUUUACUAAUUAGUAAAUCGCAAAUGAAGAACUUCUGCUUCGUCUUGAUAAGAUUUUCAAACUUCAGCUGUAACCCAAAGAAUUUUUUUAAUGACCACCCACAAAAAAAAAUUUCUGAAUUGAAAAAAAUUAUUUCUUUUAAAGGGUGAAGCAUUUUUUUUUAGAAUCUCAACAUAAUUGAAGAGCAUCUUCUCAAAAUCUGUUUUAACUUUUGUUUAAAGCUCCCAAUAGUUUUUAUUUCUUAUAAUUAGGAGGCGGAAUAGAGCCACUGUGAAGUUAGCUGAUGAACGCAGCUCGGCUCUCAUGCGUGAGAUCCGAGCUGCUCUGGAAAAAUUGCGUUAAUUCAUUUAAGAUAUCUCAGUAUGUUCUUCAAUUUUGACUAACUACCGUAUUCAUAAAUAUCUGUUCCAUAAAGUAUUGGGAGAGCGUCGACUCUUUAAUGCGACUCUGGGUUCACCCGAUUAAGCUCAUUCUAAUUUUUUAUGAUGAACCCCGAAUUUCGUCUUAACACCAAGAUUGUUCAAGAAAACGGAUUGUAAACUUUUUUAUAAUAAUUUUAAUUUAAUUUAUUGUUUAAAGCAGUUACAUCUCCAUUCUUGGUAUUUGAUAAAGAGAAUGAAAAGCAAGCGAAAACGAAAAAAUUCGAAUCCAAUAAGGAAUUUUGAGUACUGACACGAAUUGGUUUCUGAGAAAGUAAUGAGAUCUAAUUCUAAAGAAUUAUUUUCUUAAUUUGAUGAUAUUAUAUGUGAAGUUUUACAAAAUGAUUUUGCUAGAAAUCUCUUUACUUUAAUUGCUUCUAAUUUCAUCCAGGGUGGCGGCAAUACUUUUUUUUCAAAAUUUCCUUAAUUUUUCCUGAUUUUUCCCUGAUUAUCAAUAUUUGAAGAAAAAAAUCAUAUA